UUUCUUUUUUUAAAAACACACCAUCGAAGAUGGCUGCGUCCUUGUCGACUGUCAAGGGACUCUGUGCCACUGCGAGUAAAGUGCUUGCUGCAACGCAAUGUAGUAAUUUAUUUGCUGACCACAUUGCUAAAAUCAGUGUACAGCCUGUUCGGCAGUCUAUGUACAACCCCAAGUAUGUGGAACCGAUCAUCGACAAAGCAACCCUGGAAAAGGGCCUCGAUCCAGAUGACCUUCGCAGACACCGGCCAAUCAAAGCCCCUACGACGGAUAUCUCCAUAUCGCCACUGUUCUAUGACCCUGAGAUCUUGAAAUUUACAAAUAUGAUGAUGAAGGCAGGAAACAAAGAACGUGUGAGAGAAGUCAUGCGAAAACUUUUUGAGAAUUUGAAGCACAUGCAGGUUGAGAAAUACAACAAAGCCACAUCUGAGAGUGAAAAGGCAGAAAUUGAAUGCAACCCUGUUGUCAUAUUCAAGCAAGGGGUGGAGAACUGCAAACCGCUGCUGCUAGUCACGAGAGUAGUGAAGGGUGGAGUGGCAUACAGAGUUCCAGUAUGUGCUAGGCCGAAUGAGCAGCGUUUCCGAGCCAUGAAGUGGAUCAUUGAAAGCUGCCGCGAUAAGGAACGUCGCAUUCCCAUGGAACAGAAACUGGCAUGGGAGAUCAUGGAUGCUUACAACAACCAGGGCAAAGCAAUUCGGAGAAAGCAAGAAAUUCACAGGAUAUGCGAGAGCAACAGAGCUUUUGCCCACUUACGAUGACACCUUUCUCACUGUUUUUUUUGUUGUUUGUUUGAGUUUUUAAGAGUGUGCAUGUUGAGAGAUGAAGAGAUAUUUCCUUUUGUUUUCAUGACAGGGACUUACUGGCCCAUCAAUAGAGGCAAAAAGAGAAAUCAUGUCAUUAACAUGAUUAACUGUCAUGGUGCUUGAAAAGUUCAACCUCCUGGGCAUAGGCCUACAUUGUUCCAGUAAUGAAGGCCGCAAAGGGUUUGUGUUUUUUUGGCAGAGAAAUAUUUUACCAUCAGUGUGUGUAGGUGUACCGUACCCUCUCUAAAGCUAUACAGUGGAGACCUGAUAUAACGGGUGGUGGGACCAGAGACAGAAAUGCAAGGGAAGUAAGCAUUUGUGGACUAAUCCAGCUGUAUUUAUUCAUGGGUGGUUUCCCUUGCCGUAUGUACCCACGAACAGCACACAGCACCCCUCUCUGGUGGCCAUGUGGCAGGCCUGCGCAUGACACAUUACGCGUGCGUGUAGCUAGGCUUUGGGCUAGAUCAAAGUCUGCGGCACACAGCAGCCCUCUCUAGCUUCACCCGCUGCGUGUGCUUGCAGUGGCGUGGCUUGCGUAGGCUUGCUCAAUCACUGCGUUACUCUCUCUCUCUUACCUUUUACACAUUGUUAACGAGCAUUUGUCCCUGCUAUAACCGAUUGGGCUCCGAUGAGGUCCUGUUAAUACCGAUAACUUUUAAUAGAGACAAAGAGUGGGAAAAAACGGGAAUUUAAAAAAUCCCUGUGUUUACUGGAUCCCUGUUAUUUGCGGGCCUGUUAUAUAUGGUUUCCACUGUAAUUAGUAAGGAAAUAGUACAAAAUAUUAAAUAGUCUUUGAAUGCUCAUACGUUGGAUUAGAUCACCACAGCUGUGUGGACAAAAAAGCCUGUAAGCCUGUCACUGUAUUUUCUAGUUUGCAACUAAUUAGAAAUGGUACUAUGGCUGCUCUGCUUUCUUUUGUUUAGAGCAACUGCAGUGACAACUACAUAGGGAUUGUAUGAUGUAAAGUGAAGAAUGCUUUUUGAAAUGUCAGUGCGUUCUUUUCAUCUUUUUACUCAAAAGAAAGGGGAACACUUGUAGGUUUUGUGUGUGUAUGAGUAUGUGAUGUGCGCUCGUGAGUAUGAACUAGUGCAAGAAGUGUGAUCAUUUUAUCAUUUUUCAUGAAAAUCUAUACUUCACAUGUUUUAAUUAAAAUGACUGAUGACAGAUAUA